AUGAAAUGCUUCUGGAUGAAAGGGACACUUCUGAGACUUGAAAUAAGGAAAGAAUUUCCAGAGAUCAAGAACACAAUGCUACGUGUCCUCCUUGCUUUGGCUAUCUUUGUGACAUUAUGUGAUGCUCAGUGCUCUUUAUUGCCCUUGGAUAAAGAUUCAAAGGAAUUACAAGGUUGCAAGGAUUCCAGUGGCAUAAUCCAUGACUUCAAUAGUGAAUGGAAGGAUAAUUGUAAGAAGUGUAGCUGUACUUCAGAAGGAAUAAAUUGUUGCAGCAUGAUAAAGUCUCCUGUGGGAUAUGACAAAGUCAAUUGCCAGGAAAUUUUCCUUGAGGAGUCCUGUAGUUACAAAGUUAUAGAGAAAGCCAAUCCCUUAAAAGCCUGUGAAGUCCAAGAUUAUGUGGGUUAACAACUCUGCCUCCUCCCCACCAAGUUUCUACCAAAGUCAUUGCAUCCCAGUGGAACUCAUCCACUCUUGAAUCAAUGGUUCUUUCCUUGGAAUUCAGACCUCAGAUCUUUCUUUUAUUGAAAGCAUUGUGAUCUAAAUUAGCAACACGCUGAUUUAAAUGACAAG